AGAAACUAUUGGCGAUUGAUCAGCGCAAGAUCGCCGGGUCGCCUUUGUUAGAUAACGAUUUGCAUGUUGGCAAUUAUGACUGAAAUUCAGCAUGUGCUUAGUACAGCAACUGACGUUGGCAUGGAAAAUUAUCUCAGUCAUCACACGAGCGUCUUAGAUAUCGAUCGUUUGGCUUCUUGUUCUCACUCAAUUUCACAUCGCCCAUUGAUCUCAUACCACCAUGGCCUCUCAGACGUACCAACUCUUUUGCAUGGGUAACCCCCUCCUCGACGUGCAGGUCACUAACGGUGAGGAGCUGCUCAAGAAGUACGAUCUGAAGGCCAACGAUGCCAUCCUUGCCGAAGAGAAGCACAUGUCAAUCUACGAAGAGAUCGUGAAGAACUACAAGGUCACAUACGUUGCUGGCGGUGCUUCUCAAAAUGCUGCUCGGGGAGCUGCAUAUGUUCUUCCCGCCAAUUCUGUGGUUUACACUGGCUGCGUGGGAGAUGAUGACUUGGCAGAACAACUGCGCGCGGCAAACAAGCGUGAAGGUCUGCAGGAGGUCUAUCUCGUCAAGCCAGGCCAAAAGACGGGUGCAUGCGCCGUCGUCCUCACGGGACACGAUCGCUCCCUGGUCACGACCCUCCGGGCAGCUGAGAUGUUCGAGCAAUCGCAUCUUGCUUCCCCCGCCGUGGCUCCUUUGGUGGACGCCGCAAAAGUCUUCUACGUAGAAGGCUUCUUCCUGACGCACGGCACGCCCAUCGUGCUCGAGCUCAGCAAAAAGGCAUCCGACGCCUCCAAAGUGUUCGCACUGAACUUCUCAGCGCCUUUCAUCCCGCAGUUCUUCGGCACCCAGUUGCAGUCCAUCCUCCCCUACUGCGACAUCAUCAUCGGCAACGAGACAGAGGCUGAGGCAUACGCAGCCGCAAAUGGUCUGGCAGACACCAAGGAUCUUGCAGCGAUUGCCAAGGCUGUUGCGAUUUCCCCCAAAUCGAACAAAUCUCGCCCGCGUGUUGUGAUCUUCACGCACGGCGCCAAGUCCACUAUUAUGGUGUCCUCCGCUGCACCUGACAGCCCAAAGAUCUUCAAGGUCAGCGCCAUCGAUGACAAGCUGAUCGUUGAUACCAAUGGUGCUGGUGAUGCGUUCGCGGGUGGUUUCCUCGGCGCGUUCGUCGCUGGCAAAAGCUUGGAUGAGUGUAUCGAGGUUGGACACAAGAUGGGUGCCAUGUGUGUCCAGCUUGUUGGUCCUCAAUUCCCGUGGCCCAAGGUCUCCGUUCUUUAAACAUGUCUCUUAUCAUACACACAUCCUGAAUUCCGUACAUAUAUCACGCUUUCAACAGCGAAAUUUGUUGUAUCCCUACACAUACCGAUGUUCUUCAUCACUCGCUUUCCACAAGCAUGUAGCAACUGAUGUUUCGAAUC